UUUCCAGGUUUUCAUACUAUGUGUUUGUGCCGCAUGGAAUAUGCGAUGAUCACAUGAUAGACCUAGUAUGUUCAAAAAUUGAAUGUUGGUACCCCACUUUUCUGUGUAACCGCUGCGCCUCCAUGCAUCAAUAUCGACUCUCUCCCCCCAUCGCACCAUCUCCCCAACUCCCCUCUCUCCGCCGUUCACUCAACCCCCUUAGAUUUGACAGCGCUUCACUCUUGCCCAGCAAACCUCCCAACGUCGUUAUGAGCCCCUCAGACAAGUUAAGCAUUGUCCCGCUCUUCGAGAAUGAAAUUCCCGUGUGCGCCGAGCUCCUCUCCAGAAGCUUCGGCCAUGAUGCACCGUUUGUGGAUAUCUACUUUCCUAACCAUGAUACGCCGUCGGGACAAGCGUCGGUUUCGAGCCGCUUGACAGCUUGGCAACGAUCCUCCCUUGAGGAUUCCGUUUUCUUGAAGGCAGUCAUCAGGUCUAGCAAGGAUAACAAGGAUGGUAUCAUCGCGGGUUUUUGUAUCUGGACCUUGAUGAAAGAGCCCCCACCCGCAGAGCUGGCCAAGGUGGAGAAAGUUGACGAGGUUUGGCCAGACAAGGACGAUCGCGAGUUCAUGACUCGCUUGUGGAGCAAAUACGUGAUUCCACGCUCUGAAGUCAUCAAGCGGUCCGCUGGUAAAGGAGUCUAUGUGCUCGAGCUGCUAGCAGUGGAUCCAGAUCAUCAGCGCUUAGGUGCCGGCACAGCCCUCGUCGCAUGGGGAACCAGAUACGCCGAUGAGCUAGGAAUCGAGUCAGUUGUUGAGGGCACUCCAGUGGGACGUCGAUGCUAUGAGAAUGGCGGCUUUCAUACAGAGAUCGAGGAAAUGGACUUUGAUACUGGGGAAGAAUUCAGUGGAAGGAGAAAACCUACUCUUCACUUCCUAACAAGACAACCCAACACGUAG